AUGGCGUUCGCUAGACAGACUCAACCUGUUCGAGACCAAUCCGGAAACACAUUCCAACUCGCCAUCAAAGGAUGGACUACCAGCAAACUGUCCGCUACCAAAGACCAAGGUCUGCAAUCACUGCUUGGCUUUCUAGAGAAGAAGUCCAGCCGCAAUAUCCUUUCUCACCGCUUGGCCGGCCGCACAGUACUACUCAUCACGAUCAAUGAACACGACAAAGAUCGGUUCUAUCACUUGAACAACUUCACAUGGGCCGGUGCAACCCUGACAGUUGAAGACUCGCGACCUCCGCGCAACCAACACGCCCACGCCCAAAAUCAACAUCAGUCCUUUGAAGGACGAAUUUCUCAGCCAUCAAGAAACGGCUUUCCACGAGAUCCACGCCGCACCAACACCAACAAUCUCUUGACAUCAGAGAUCGAAAACAUCAUCAUCUCCGUCAUCCGGAAACGAUAUCACGCUGGAGACAGGCAUCUCAUCUUGAAUGCGAUGGUCGCUGAUCCUGAGCUCCUGAGUUCCGGCCUGUCGGAUCAAGACGCGUCCAAAGUGUACAAAGCCAUCUUCACGAUCUGCGAAAGCAAGAUCUGGGAAACCGAGACGAAACGAACAGAAGCUGUGCUCAGCGUCAGUCUCCGAGACAAUGCAAUCAAAACCGUACAAGACAUUAUCUCUCUUGCCAGUGUUUUCCCCCACAUCCACAAUCUCGACCUUGCAAACAACAACCUUGAAGACCUGGGUGCUCUCAAAUUCUGGAAGAACCAGUUCCGCGAGCUCGAACACCUCAUCCUCACAGGCAACCCGGUCGCUUCCAAGCCAGACACACUCCAGACACUCAUCAAAUGGUACCCAAAUUUGAAAAUGUACAACAACGAGCCAAUCGCGUCCAACGGCACACAACUUCAACCUCAGCCACAGCCAGAGCCACAGCCAAUUGGAGCAAUGGCGGCGCCUGCGCCAUUGCAUCCGGAACUCCCACCGGGCUCAACAUUCGGAGUCGCCCAGCCAGACAAGCCCGCGGAGGUCCUCCUCCGCGAACAAAUGGGCCUCCAAUUCAGCUUCGAGACUCGCCUCAAGCUGCAGUGGGUCGAGAACUGCCUAACGGCCAACAACUGGGACUAUGCGUUGGCAAUGGCCAACUUCAGCCAACUAAAGGCCCAAGGGCAGAUACCGUUGGACGCAUUCCUCGAGGGGGUUUAG